AUGCCUGAAUUACAAUUAUCAAAAUAUAUUGUUUAUAAACAAUGUAAAUACGAUAAACAAUGGUAUUACGAUUACUUGUAUAAACGUAAAACAACAACGUACUACAGAAAUAAUAAUUGCUGUUGUGGCCUUAAACUAUUACUCAUUGUAAUAUUCACGUGGUUAAUUGUAUUACCAAAUAGUGCUAUUGGUAGACAAACCGGUGGACAUCAUCAUAGAACAUGUCCUGGUUGUCCACAUCAGCAUGUACAUAAUAUUAAUCGUAAAGAGUCUGAACCAUCGCCCGAUGAAUUGCGUCUCGAGGCAAUUAAACAUCAGAUACUGAGUAAAUUGGGACUCAGAAGUAGACCCGAUGUCAAUAGAACACUCUCACAAGUACCUAGACAUUUGGCACUCGAGACACUCUAUCGGGCUGAGGCACAACCAUCGAGAUACAUUGAGGAUAGACGAUUUAUGGAUGAUUAUAGUGAUUAUUAUUACGGAAGGGAGGAUUACACGUAUAGAAAUGUACAGGAUGAGAGGAGUACUCAGGGUCCAACCAGUACACAAGGAUUUAGGGAUGAGGAGAGGGGUAAUGAGGUGGAGGUGGAUGAUUUCUAUGCCAGGACGUCGGAGAUUAUCACGUUCGCUGAGCCCGGACGAACGUUAAAUGGUCAACCACUCCUUGAAUUUCCAAUGUCGAGCGGUGAACCAGCACUGGAGCCCGUGAGGAUCAAGAGAGCGACGCUCUGGGCGAGAGUUGAAUUGAAACACUCGUAUCAUUACAAACAUCAUCGACGACAGUACAAUCAAAAAAACAUCACCCUCUGGGUAUUUAGGGUUAAAUGCGGAAAUAGAACGCAUCUGCGUGGAAAGGAACUGAGUGAACAUCUGGAAAUGGUGACGUCACUGGUAGUGAGUGUGAGCCAAUUGGGUUGGCAGAAGUUUGACGUAACGAGAGUAGUCAACACCUGGUUCACGGCACACAGUAAUUCACGGGAUAAAUUGACGUUACUUAUAGACUGUACGGGGUGCGGAACGAAUGUCCAGAUAUCGACCUUCGGAACGGAUUCGAUGAAUGUUAUCGAAUCAUCCGUUGACCCACAAGGUACUCAAGAUCCGGACAGACCGUUCUUAGUCGUUCGUACGGAUCCCACAGCUAUCAAAAGAGUGCGAAGACGAGCGAUAGAGUGCAGUGGAGCUGUUAAAGGACAGUGUUGUAAACAAAGGUUUUACGUCAACUUUUCAACGCUCGGUUGGGACGACUGGAUCAUUGCUCCUCAAGGGUAUUACGCGAAUUACUGCAGAGGCGAUUGUACAGCUGGCCAUAGAACACCAGAUACAUUCCUCAAUUAUUACACCCACGUUAUUGAAAAAUACAGACAAAUGGACAGACUGGAUGGUAUGCAGCCAUGCUGUGCACCAGUUAAAUUUUCACCAAUGUCCCUCAUCUAUUAUGGACCAGACUCAAACAUCAUAAAACGUGAUUUACCAAAAAUGGUGGUUGACGAGUGCGGCUGUCCAUAAUAAUGCUACCCCUCAAAUAUAACCACCAACUUUCCAUUUCUAUACAUAAGAAAUUUUGGGAAAUCCCGAAAAUCAUGGAAUAAUACAUUUUUUUAGCUGAAAUUUUUCCCACAAGAGGACAUCGUGUGCGACUUAUUCGAACAUUUUUUUAGGCGGACCUCAUAGAUGAAGAAAAGUCAUUUGGGUAUAGAAAUUUUUAGGAUUUCGACCCCGGGUUACACGAUGAAAAAAUGGCUCUUGAAUCUAGUUAGAAUAAUUAAAUGAAAUUUUUGCAUAAAGACAGGCUUAGUAAUAAUAAGAGUGAUAGGUGACUGCUGAUAAAAAAACCAAUGAAAUUAUAUUAACUAAAAUUCUUACUGAGAGCUUAAACCCUUUCGUAUUAGUUUGCAAGGAAAAAUUAAUCCGAAUAAAAGAAAGUAAUAAUUCUCACACGAUAUAUAGUGUAUAUAUGAAGUGAUUAAUCUGAGAGAAAUUUAAUAAUUAAGUAAUUAAUAUUAAUAUGAACGAUAAAAACUCAAUCUAAUUGCCUUGUUUUUUAUGCGAAAAUAUGAAGGAUAAAAGGAAAUAGUUGAUGCAGGGAGGAAUGAUGCAUUAUUCAUGAAAGUAUCGAAAUUUACAAGAUAAAGAUACGGAUGAAAGUAUUAAAAAUUGAUAAUAAUAUUAAUAUUCAACGCCAGAUUUAAUAUUAAAUAUCUUUGUAUAAUGUAUAUAUUAUUUAUGCGAUUUUUUUCGCACUCGAGAUCAAGUGAGAUGUUUCAAUUGUUUUUUCUUUUUCCAAUUUGGUUUAUUGAGGGGGAUUUUGGCUUGUUUAUUGGUUUAAGCGAUAAGGAAUGCAAUUUUGCCAUCGAAAGAAAUACAUUGAUAAUUCAGAGUUCAAAGGCCGAGAAAAUUAAAUUCACUAUUCAGAGUUUUGGGGGUUGAUAAGUAAAUUUUGAAAAUUUUACAAAAAAGCAUGAAUCAACGUGCAGUCUCACAAUUUAAAAACCAAUAAUUAAAGUGAAUUUUCCAUUAAUACUUUAAAAUAAUUUAAUAAUAAUGAAAUUGAGUCUGUACUAUAAUCUUAGGGCAUUCCAUAAUCUAGGUAAAAUGAAAAUAAAAUUGAUGAGUGUUGAUAAACGGAGAUCAGUUGAAAUUUGAGGAUUUCAGAGAAAUAACAUUUUCCGAAGAAUUGAAAAGAGAUGGAAAUUUAAAUUAGAAAAAAAAAACGUGACAAUAAAGGGGGAAUUUGAAGAGCAUAAGGCGUCUUUUCUUUUAAAAUUGGUUCCUUCUUCAUUUAACUAAAUUGAAGAAUUUGAUUAAUAAAAUUAUUAACAAUUAUUGAGAAUUUGUUGUUGUUGAAUCAGAAGUAUUGUGGCUCGAAAACUGUAAAAUGACAAAAAAAAAACAGCCGACGAGAAAUGAAUUUUCCAGUAACGGACACCAAUUAUUGAGCAAUGGAAAUAAUCAAAGUAAUUCGUGAAUCAUCAAAAGAAUUGAUUGAACUCAAAAAUAAAACGGGUGAAAGCAAAAUUAUGAAAGUGACAAACCCACGUAGCCUUACUGGGCCUUACUAAGGUUAUUAUCGCAUUACUACUAAAUUUAAUAUUUAAAUAAAAAACAAUUUAACAAAAAAAAAACGAGAAAAAAAAGAAAUACUAUUUACGCUAUUUGAAUAUCCAAUCGAUUAAAAACACACAUUAACAUGUACACAAAGAGCAUUUUUCCCGCGAGAAGAAAUACGAAAUUGAAGAUAUAUAUAUGUAUAUUUAAGAAAAAAAAAGGGGAGAGACAUUUGCCGUUUUUUGAAGCUAGCCAAAAAAAUUAAUAAAUAAAAAAAAACUAUUGCGUCCAAUUUAAAAAGCAUACUUUGAUAGUAUAGAACGGGAUUUAUAUAAGUAUUUGAAAGUUUCGAGGUGUGAGAGGGAAAAUUUUUUCGACGAAACUGAAUUCAAUAAAAGAACAAACGAUCUAACAAAAAAAAAACAAUGAAGCCUUCAUGAGCUCAAGGACUGUUUAAACUACCCGUAUUGUAUAAAAAUAAAUUCAAUGAAAUCAUAAUGAGGUGUUGAUAAUUAAUCGAACAGCAAAACAUAUGGUAAAUCAUGGAGUAAUCGAUAAAGAAUACAGAUACAGUCUUUCGAUUAAUUAUUCGUGCCAAUUAUGACUUAUUUAUUAUCGGGAGCAGAUGCCUCGUGUUAGUAUGGAAUUAAAAAGAAACCUUUUCGCAGAUGAUCAAUCAAUAAGUGAAUUGAUAAAUAAUCAAUGUUCGACUGCAUACCAUAAACAAUUCCAUAAUAAUGAGGUCUCAUAACCCGUCUAUUACUAAAAAAAUAUUCGCGGCUUCGAUUUGAUUCCACAGCUUUUUUGAAUAAAAAAAAAACAAAUAUUGAUGAAGUACUCUCAAAAUAUUAAUAAAAAAACAAAUGGAUAAUAAAUUAACUCAUAAGGUGAAAAUUUUCUGGGCGGUGAUUGAAAAAGUGCGCUAUAUUUAAAAAUAAAAUACGAGUCCGUGAUAAUAACUGAAAAGAAACUACGAACGCUGUAAUUUCGUCGCUCUUUUUUUCAAUGCAACAUUAAUUAAUUCAAAGAAAAAGAACGAAAAAAAAUUAAUUGAAAGUAAUAAUGGACCCCGUAUUGUUGUAA